AGCAUGAUAGUCUCGUUCGAGGCCUUCGCAAAUCGCUCGAGUAAUUCAACUUUUGUGAAAAAAUUUCAUCGUUUUAUCGAGGGAUCGGCUUCCUCAAGGCAUUUGGAUGAGAGGAAGUCUUUAGACAAACUGCUACAUCAAAGAAAUAUUCUAGUCAGCAAGUAUUGUACUUUGUCUACGAGAUGACAGGACAAUAAUGACAACCAAAAGGCCAUCUCUUGCGAUGGACAGCAAGUGAAAACUUCUAGCUUUCCAACAAAAAAUUUUGAUGUGUUGUAUUUCUAUUAUUAUGGCUGGUCUACAGCAUGAGUGACCCGUCAGACUUGUUAAAUUUAAUUGGAUCUGGAGGGAGUCUUUUUGACGAGAUUGGCAUAAGUGGUAUGCCUUCGUCAUCUCUUCCUCAAACCUCGACAACUGAUCAGUAUUUUAACAUGGACUCAUUUCAAAGUUUUCCAAAUCAGCAACAAGGCACACCGCAGCAGAAGCUCUAUCAUUUAGAGGGACAGUCUUCGUCACAGGAGCAAUUUCAACCUUUUUCUCAGAAGUUGAGCCAUUUUGCUAACCCUAUGCUCAGUCAGCAAGGUAACGCUUUUCAAAAUCCCCCAACCAAUAAACCUCAGAAUCAACAGUUUCCAAGAAUGCAAGGGAUAAGAAUGCAAUCUCCCUCGCAGUUCACCCCCCAACAAAGCACAUCCCCCGGUGCUAAUUGGCGCGGCCAAUCAAAUAUGGGUAACUCCUUUGGAUCGUUCAUGCCGCAACAAACCCCCCAAUCAACCGCUGAGCAGGGUGUACCUGGCACGCCCAUGCCUCAAGGUUACAUGAGUCCACAGCAAACCAAUAUGCAAAGACUCCAACAUUUCAUGACAAACAAACAGUCGAACCCAAUGUUGAGCCAAUCCCCAAACCCUUUCAUGGGUCAGGUAGACAACACCUCCACAUUGACGGACAUUAGUAAUUCCACUCCAAAAAUGAACAACCAGAAUAAAACUGUGUCCCCUGGUCAACAGUUCAACCCUGAGAUGGGAAGACAGGAACAAUUAAGUAAACUUCAUCACUUGGUCUCAGGAGGAAUAUCAUCACCGACAUCGAACGCAGGAACCAUCACCAGUUCGGCUGUGUCAGGUUUCCCACCCUCCAGCAGCUCAUCAUUCACUCCACCACCAGAUCCGUUUUCACCCAACAAAAACCUAACACCCAUGUACAACAACAUGCAACAGCAACAACAACAGCCACCGCCGCCGCAACAAACGUCAAUGCCUAACCAAACACAAAUUCAAGCGCAAGAUCCGUUCACCCAAACUCCGCCGCCCAACACAAUGCAACAGGAUUACAUGAUGAGACGACCGCAGCAGUUUCAAGAUGGAAACUACCCGAUGAGACCAAACAUGCCGUUUCAACAACAAAUGAUGAACCAGAAUCCAAUGUCGAGUCAACUGAAGAGCGCUCAUUUGCUGUAUCAGCUUCAAAGAUUGCAGCAACAAAUCUCACAAGUCCGAGAGCUCCCGUCUCCAGCACGAGACCAACCACUGCAGCAGCUGCAACAACAGUUCAGUCGUCUGUAUCACAUGUAUUUGAUGGAUCAACAGAGGCAGAAGAAACAGCAGCAAGCUGUUGCACAAAUGAGAUUUGAUCAAGAAAACAUUUUAAAACAACAACACCAGGACAAGGCGAACAGAAUUGUUGCAGAGGCAAUCGCUAAAUCAGCGCUCAUGAAUAGCGGUUACAACUACCAAGCUGAAUCGCAGAUGAAAUGUUAUGGACAACAAUUUGGACCAGCCGUGAAAGGACCUAUGAACUAUGAUAUGCAACAAGAUAAAAUAGCUCAGAGGAAAGCAGCCGAACCCAUUGUUCUGCCGCCACCAAUUGUAAAUGCUUUGCCAAAGACUGUGCGAACCUCGUCUAAGCCUCCUGCAACCGUGCUCAGUAAGCCAGUGAUCAAGCGUGAACGCAGAGAUUCGUCAGAUCAUGAACCGUCACCACCAAACUCUCCUGGUAGUUUUUACCAAGAAGACUAUCAUCCUGCCAGUAUUACUCGGCGGUCCCUACGAGAGCGAAGGAAAAAGACCUACAAGGAGGACUUUGACUAUAAUCUUUCCGAGGAAGAGGAUGGAGGGGGUAGCAGAGCUGCUAAGGGUGGUGGUGAUGCUAGCAAGUCAGAAUUAGGCGAGCUGGACCCUGGUGCCCUUCCUGUACCAGAGGAAAUUCCACUUCAAGAAGAGAAUCUGAUUGUGGAGAAAAUUCUUACACUACGCACUCAGACCAAGGAAGAUGGGUUCGCACAAGAAGAGUUUCUGGUGAAGUAUAAAAACUAUUCUUAUCUUCAUGCUGAGUGGGCAACAGCUGAGAAACUGAAUCAGCUGGAUAAACGAGUUCAAAUGAAAAUCAAGAGAUUCUUCGUUAAGAGAAAUGCUAUGCCCUUUCCUGAUGAGAUUGAUGAUGAACCAUUCAAUCCAGACUAUGUGGAAGUUGAUCGUGUUCUGGAUGUUUCAACAGGAGUUGAUCAAGCCACUGGCGCGCCCGUCAGUCAUUACUUAGUGAAGUGGAGAUCACUGCCUUACGAUGAAAGUACUUGGGAAGUUGAGGCUGAUGUUGAUGAUCAGUCCGUCACCAGGUUUCGCAGUGUCCAAGUUGCGCCUCCUCAACACGAGAGACAGUUUCGUCGCCGUCCUCACCCGAGCGAGUGGCGAAAACUGGAACAAUCUCCGGUGUUCAAGAACUCGAACACUCUACGGGAAUAUCAGCUGGAAGGAUUGAAUUGGCUGACGUUUUGCUGGUAUAACGGACAAAACUGUAUUCUUGCCGAUGAGAUGGGUCUUGGCAAGACCAUUCAAAGUCUGACCUUCCUACUUCAUGUUCAGCAAUACGGUAUCCGCGGUCCGUUUCUCGUCAUCGCUCCGCUCUCGACCAUCGCAAACUGGCAGCGAGAAUUUGAAGGCUGGGGCGACAUGAAUGUUGUUGUUCAUCAUGGCAGCGCUGCAAGCCGUCAUCUCAUUCAACAAUACGAGUUCUAUUUCCGUGGAUCUCAGGGUGAACCUUUGAUUGGUAUUUUCAAGUUCAAUGUGCUGAUCACAACCUACGAAAUUCUGAUAGCCGAUAAUAUAUUGUUGAGCAGCGUCCCGUGGAGGGUCGUGGUGAUAGAUGAAGCUCACAGGUUGAAGAACAGAAAUUGUAAAUUAUUAGAAGGAUUGAACAACUUGCAGAUGGAGCAUCGAAUUCUACUCACGGGCACACCUCUGCAAAACAACGUCGACGAGUUGUUUAGUUUGUUGAACUUUCUUGAGCCGGCUCAGUUUCCAUCACAGGGAGCUUUCCUGAUGGAGUUUGGAAAUCUCAGAACAGAAGCUCAAGUAGAAAGACUGCAAGCCUUGUUACGACCGAUGAUGUUGAGACGAAUGAAAGAAGAUGUGGAGAAGAGUUUGGCGCCAAAAGAAGAGACGAUUGUUGAGGUCGAGUUAACAACCGUUCAGAAGAAAUUCUACCGAGCGAUUCUUGAACGAAACUUCUCGUUCCUGAACAAAGGAGCCGUGUCCACGUCUAACGUACCAAACCUCAUGAACACGAUGAUGGAACUUCGUAAAUGUUGCAAUCAUCCGUUCCUCAUCAACGGCGCCGAGGAAAAGAUCGUCGGUGAAUAUCAGGCGAACUUCACCGGAGAUAAUCGAACAUCCAUUCAUUUGACAUCCUUGAUUGAGGCCUCAGGAAAGUUGGUGCUGAUUGACAAGUUAUUGCCGAAGCUGAAAAUUGGAGGACACAAAGUAUUGAUCUUCUCUCAAAUGGUGCGAUGUCUGGACAUCUUGGAGGACUAUCUUAUUUGCAAGAAAUAUUUGUUUGAGAGGAUCGACGGUCGUGUUCGUGGUAAUCUCCGUCAGGCGGCGAUUGAUCGCUUCUCGAAACCCGACUCAGAUCGCUUCGUGUUCUUGCUGUGUACCCGCGCUGGUGGCCUGGGGAUUAAUCUGACUGCCGCUGACACUGUGAUCAUCUUCGACUCAGAUUGGAAUCCGCAAAACGACCUGCAGGCUCAAGCAAGGUGUCAUCGUAUUGGGCAGGCAAAAUCGGUGAAGGUUUAUCGCCUGAUAACCAGGAACUCCUAUGAAAGAGAGAUGUUUGAUCGAGCUAGUUUGAAGCUUGGCUUGGACAAAGCUGUCCUGCAAUCAAUGAACGCCAAGGAGGGCAACACGAAUGCCGCUGGUGGACAAAACCAAGCGCUGUCUAAGAAGGAGAUUGAAGAUCUUUUGAGGAAAGGUGCUUAUGGCGCUGUGAUGGACGACGACGAGGCCAGCUCGAAGUUUUGUGAAGAAGAUAUCGAUCAGAUUCUGGAGCGACGAACACAAAUCAUUACUAUAGAUUCAGUGGGACAGGGAUCUACGUUUGCUAAGGCAAGUUUCACGGCAACGAAGAAGGGAGAUGAAAUAGACAUCGAUGACCCUGAUUUCUGGAAAAAAUGGGCGAUGAAAGCUGAUAUUGAUGUCGAUGAGCUCAUGAAUAAGGAUGAGCGAAUUAUUGACGCUCCUCGUCAACGUAAACAAACCAAGAGAUAUGGCCGCGGAGAUGACGUUGAUUUUGAGUUGUCAGACCUUGACUCUGACGAGGAGGUACCGCAGGCGAAACGUAAGGCCUGGUCACGAGUCGAGUGCUUCAAAGUCGAGAAAAACCUCCUCGUUUUUGGCUGGCAAAGAUGGAAAGAUGUUAUCCACGCCAUUCGAAAGAGGAAGCUAAGUGAGCGUGAAGUGGAAGCAAUAUCACGAUCGAUUCUCUUGUUUUGUGUGCACGCGUAUCGCGGCGACGAGAAGUUACGAUCGUUCAUUCUCGAGCUGAUCAAACCGCUCACGACGCGCGAGAGGCUGGCGAGCGAGGACCUGGACGCGACCUACAUGCCCGUGCAGAAGGGGAGUGGGAAGAAGUCGAAGAAGAGCGCGAAGAAAGGCAAGGGUAGCAGCAAGAACGUGAACAAGAGCGCCAUAGCCGUGAUUGAAGCUUUGGGUGACUGGAAGAGUAUUAAUCCAGAGCUGUUGAUCCUGGACGAGGGGUAUAAGAAACAUCUACGACAUCACUGUAACAAAAUUUUACUACGGGUCAGAUUAUUGUAUAUAAUGCGUGUGGAAGUUGUUGGGGCUAUGGAGGCCGCUGUACGGAAUGACUGCUUAGCAAGUGAUAUCAACGUGAAUCUUCCUGUGACGGAAGGUGAUCCUCCCAUCGACUGGUGGAGCGAAGACGCUGAUAAAUCUCUGGUGAUCGGUGUUUAUAAACAUGGUUACGAACGCUACAACGCCAUCAGAGCUGAUCCUUGUUUGAUAUUCCUCAAGAUAUGUGGCCCGCCUACGUCAUCAGAUGACGCAACCACUGGUGACGCCAUCGAUGGUGAAGGAAUGAGGGAGGAAGACGACAGCAGAGAUGAUCCAGAUUAUCAUCUUCCUCAGGAUAAUAAAAAUGAAGAGGGAGAGUCCGAUGAUGAUGUUGACUUUGAUAUGGAAGGAAAGGACGCUCGACAAGCAAGCAAGGAGAGUGUAAAGACCGAGAAACCACCUGCUGUUGAAGGUUCUCAAUCUAAUCCUGCGCCCGCAUCAAACUUUCUUCCCUGGCCGUCGCCUUCUGACCUCAAUACCAGACUACGGAGAAUUGUCGCCGGAUUUCAGCGCAUUUUGAAGAAGGAGGAACUGAAGAGAGUUGCAGUAGAGAAGGAAAACAGACGAAAAGAAAAGGUGGAAGAAGCUGUCAGACAGAAAGAAUUAAAGAAAGCAGAACAAGCUCAGAAAUGGUCAAAACGUGAGGAAGUCGAUUUUUAUCGUUGUGUUUCAACGUACGGUGUUCACAUCAACCCAGGCACGGGAGAGUACGAUUGGACGAAGUUUAGACAAAUGGCUCGUCUUGACAAGAAAAAUGAUGAUCGUCUGUCUGCGUACUUUAACGAGUUUCUGGCGAUGUGUAAGCGAGUGUGCGGUCGAGCCACUGACGAGGAGAUUAUUCUAGGUCAGAACGUAGAAGCUAUCUCAGAGGAACGAGCGAACAGGUGUCUACGACGUGUUGAACUCAUGACGAUGCUGCGCUUGGAGGUCCUCAAUCACCCGGAACUUGAUGAGAGGUUGAAACUGGCACAGCUAACCCCAGAUCUUCCCUCGUGGUGGCAAUGUGAGAAACACGACAAGGAUCUCCUCAUUGGUGUCUCGAAACACGGUCUUACACGAACUGAUCUCAAUAUCCUUGAAGAUCCUGAACUGUCGUUUUAUGAAUUGAAAAUUGAAAUGGAUACACAGCAUAUAGCACUGGCAGGCAACUCAAUGGAUUUGGCCAGCGGCAGUCCCGAGUCUGCGUCGCGAAGUGUCAGCGGAACUCCUGUGUCGUUCGAGCGAAGACUGGAUAAAAAUGUCCUAGAUAAGAUCGAGACAUUAGAGAGUCGAGAAGGCUCUCUGGAUACACAGACAUUCCCAGUUACCCCUAAACCAACCAGCGUGAUCCUACCUAACCCUCAGACAACAGCGAGUGCUACAACAGCUGAUGAUACUUCAAGAAAUACUGAACCUGCGCCAUCUGCACCACCCGCCCAACCCGCACCACCCUACAAUAAACAGAAUUACAUCAACGACAUGCCUUCUGUACCCGGAUCAGACGCGCUCUCCUCAUUGGUCAAACAAGUAUCCUCGCUUCCGUCCAAUCCAGCUAAUCCUAGCGGUAACUUCAACCCAGGUGCCGAAAGACGACCGGAUAUUCCGCCGACAUUCAUGGACGCUGACUCCCAGGGAAGUUUACCCCCGGAUGUAAACAACCUGAAUCCUGUUGUCAACGAAUCUCUUUCGAUCAAGAUCUGGUGGCCAAAAGAUCGCGUGGUUUUCCACAGAGUUCAGCAACUCUGCCAGUUAGUGCUCACCGGCGAGUGGCCAGCAAAACCGGAAAAACCAGAAAGGUUAAUUGAUCAACCUGCUCCUGCCGCUAGCGAUGUUUCAAUGUCCCCGAGUGGGUUCCCUGUGUACGCCGAGGGCGAAAUGGACGGCAGCUUGGGACCAGAGGCUCUGGUUGACCCGGUGUCGAAGGCUUUCAAAGUUAAAAAGCACGAGGGAUUGAAAGUGACCUUGAAGAAGAACAGAAAGAGGAAGAAGAAAGAUGAAGAAGCAGGUGCAAUGAUGGAUGGACUGAGUGAUAUGAAUCUACCCCCUGAUGCUCUCUUACAACAACCACCGUAUCAAAAUGAUGCCAACUAUCCCAUGGGCAUGGAGCCGUCGGAAAUGGUGCCGCAGUUAACGGCGCCAAAACAGCGAAGGAAGCGACAACGAAGAACCGAAAAACCGCAAAAACUGCCGACAGAAAAGAAGAAACGCGGCCGAAAGUCGAAAAUGGAGAAGCUGAUGGCGCAAGCGGCCGCUGAUACCAUCCACGCGGGCUUGGCAUCGCAACCGGGCGUGGAGUGGGCCCACGCUCACAAGAGUGGUGGUGGCGCGUUCAUUCAAGGAGAAAUGAUGAACGGUCCACAGCCUCAUGAGUCGGUGAUCGUGAAAGAUGUCAAUUUGAGGGGAGCUUCGCUUGAGAAUCAACUGUCAGAGCCUCCUCGUGUUCCUCCCCAUGCAAACACCGAGGCGACCUCACCAUCAAGCACAGUAAGAACAAGCGUACUUAAGACUACCUCAAGUACUGAUGGAGACCUGGACGUCCCUCAACGUCGCCAUAGUUCCACCUCAUCACAUCCCGAUAAUGACCAUCCACCACCCUUAAGAUCCUCUAGCAACCCGGCGGUAUUGAGCCCAACUUCAAAAACCCCUGUUCUUCUCUCGCCAUUUAACAACACAGAGUUCCCCUUCGGUAGCAAUCCAUUUGUGAACUACCCUGGCUAUUCUAAUCCCAUUGGCUAUCCUCAUCCGCCCGCGAGCACUUCACCUGGUUUUAGCUCGGGCUUCGCAGGUCAAGCUAAAACCUCGGCUGUAUCGAGCCCGACCUCGACCAGCUCGUCAGGCAGUACUGGGUCGAAUGCUCAAAAGAAUGCGUACGAGUCCAGUUUUCCACCUACCACAAAAUUGAGCGAGUCCCUCGGAUUUAACGGCUUUCCAACCGCUAUACCUACAUCUUCGGAGGCGAAGUAUACGAAACAAUUAGAUCUCGAAGAUGACUCGGAGAUGAAGGUCUUCAACAGUGAUAGCGAGAACGAGCCGAGCGAUAGUCUGGAUGCUAGCGAAGAAGAUACCGUCACCCCUUCAAGUCCCGUGCCAUCGUAAUUUCACCCUUGUAAUUAUCAACUGAGCGGGAAAAUAGAGACUGGAGCGCGAUAUGUUUUGAAUAGGGAGUUAGAAAUCUCCAUCUUAAUAUGGAAGAGAACUUUGCUGCCAUCGUCUUCAGCGGAUAGGGAUAGUUGAAUAUCGUAGCCUCGUUCGCAGUUAUUGAAAAUUUGCUUAGCAGCAUCGCCUUGCCAGUCUCUAUUUUCCUACUUUGGUGAAUUUCCAUGAAAAUCUUGAUGGUUUUUGAGUUGUUUUUGGGUAAGGCAGUGGGUAGUGGUGAUGGUUGGUUGGUUGGGCAAAAGUAUUUAUUUGGCGACAACUAUAUAAGUAAAGAAAGUAAAAUAAAAUAUCUUCCUACGGAGAUUUGAACGUUUAAUUUGGUUUUGCAUAAUUUCCUUAAUAAGACAUUUAUGUAUAGAAUUUACUAUUUAAUAGAAAACACUAUCGGCUGCCGUAGAAAGAAUUUGUAACACGUAUGUAUGAUAUUUUUUAAAUUCUAACCAUCCGUACUUAUUUAUGCUAACCCACAGGAAUUUUCUAUAUAUCUUUGUUAAUAGAUUGUGAAUAAUUAAUAUGGAAUAAUUAUAGUACUUUAACUUCAUUUUUGAAUGCUGUGUAUUAAUGUGAAUUAA